ACUGUUUCGAGGCUACGGCCAGGUUAAAAAGCUGGGCCGCCCUCCCAGUCGGCGCCGCACGUUGGGUCGCCCUAACGCAAAAUCCGCGACCGACCGCCCAUCGUCUCUUGAAAAACUCGCAUUCAUCGGGCAAAGAUGUCUCGCAAGCGCCGCGCUGUUGUUCUCAAGAAACCAGCCUGCUCGCGCGACCGUAACGAGCGACAACGAAAAGCGGAGUUGUCGAAAAUGGCUGGUUACGAGCGUGCAGCAUGAGACCCCGCCAGCGCUCGCGGCAGCUUGGCUUCUCGAACUUCUUCACAACAUCACCCUUUUCCUCCUACACGGUAAUUAUUCUAUUUGGCAUCGUAUCACAAACGGGCUGCACGCUCGCUGUCUAAAACCAGGCGGUAAGCGAAUCGAUGCCGCCAACUCGCCCUCAGCGGGCCAAAAGCCCUGAAGCAGCCCCGACCGGACCUUCCCGCCGGGCCCCCCGCGUAGAUCGCCAUUGCCGUGCAUUGCACGAAGACGGUUCCGAUUGCCGCGCGCGCCUGCUCCACGCCAGCCACGUCUUUUGCCCCGCUCACCACCGAGAGUACAAACGGCUGUACGAGUCGUACAAGCGGACCGAGAAGCACUACAGCGGCAUCGAGUCAAAGGCUGACGGGGCCGACGAUGUCAAGACAACGAUCAAGGCCAAGGUGGCCGCCGGUAGAGAAACCCUGCGACUAAGGGACCAGGUCAACCGUCGGUUUUUUAGUUUCUCGGUUCAGAACCGCGGUCAUGUCAAGUGGAUCAUGAAGCUCCAAUCCGAAGUCCUCGCUCUGGAGCGGGAGCUGGAGCGGGAGUUGGCGGCCCCGGAAGCCCCGGAAGCCAAGGGCUCUGCGAGUCCAAGACGGCCGCCGAAGCCGCAAUCACUGUCACCACUUGAUCCGGCAGUUCCAUUGUCGGCGCUGGGUCACCUCCCUGUUAGCAGCCCUAUCGUCGUCCUGAGACAAGCCUCCGACGCCAUCUUGACUGCCAAGAUCAAGGAACUCUACUCCAUCUCGCCCGCACUGGAUGACUCGUCAUCCCUCGUCCUCGAUGACGUCGACCCCGGCGUCACGAGGGAGCUAGACGACCGUGACUAUAUCAUUCGCUUCUUCUUUCGCGAGCUUAUCGCGCAGAAAGCCGACGCCGACGUGCUUGCCAGGGCCGCCCGAACCCAAAGUAUCAACACUUUUCUCCGCGAGUCGUCAGCAGAGCAUGUCGAGGGUUAUAUCCGAUUCUUCCACGCUUUUCAAGAGGGACGCCAUCACACGUUGCAUAUUUUGCGUGACGCUGUUUGCGACUAUCUCUUAAUAGAUUCGAAAUCGCCAUCCACCACGAUUCUGGGCGCCGGAAUCGCCACAGAUGACAGCCCACGGAGAAUGACUUCUAGGGGCUGGGACCUAUUAUGGACCAACUUCCACGACAUUGUGGGGUGGUGGAACCUCGAGCUUUUUGCCGUUCAGUUCGACGACUUAGUCGCGGUUAAGGCCUUGACGGCGUGCCAACGCUACGGAACGGGAACCCCGAGCGAGGAUGACGAGGAUGACAAGGACAACGAGGACAACAGGGACGACGUCUCAAGCUGGUACGUGCCCAACGAAGACGUCUCUCAGGAAAGCGCGCUCGCUGUGUUACAUGGCUUCAUCGCCGUCACAAAGGGCUUCAGCGACCACGACUCGCCCCGCGUCGAAGCCGAGCCUGCCUUUGCCAAGGAAAGGCAGACACGCUGCUACCUUGUGGGACGGAUGAGCAAGCAGGAUCCCGUGGCCAGGCAGCUGGCGCAGGAGCUGGCCGAGAGGAUAGCGAGCUUUGUCGUUUUGGUGUAUGAUCGAGAGAAGGAAGGAGAGGCGGCCUCCGCUCUGGUCUUACCAGCCCCCCCUGACGCAAACCCGUGGAUCGGACGAUCUCGCACGGCGCCCACAAACGAAGCGCUCGGCUCCCAACCUUGGACGGUGGAGUGGUCUUUGGCUGAUGUCCUCAGCGACAUUGGGCUUAUCCACAGCCUGAGGGACAGGAACAUGGCAAAGGACUAUUACGAGUUCAUCAUCAUCGAUAGAACCCCGGGGAAGACAUUCGAUAUUCUCGAUGCCGUGGCAGAUGCCUUGUCUAAGCUGAAGGGAGAUUCGCCAUUCGACCAGGUCUUCCGUCAGGUCAUCGCGAAAUACGUCCCAGCUGAGGAGCGAGACCAGUAUCUGGAGGCCGUUGCGCAGAUGGAUUUUGGCCAACCUACACUGUCAGCACCUCCCCAGUAUCUAGGCAACCGCGUCAGAAGCUGGGACAUUCCCAACUCACUCCGUGCUAUUCUUGGUGCUGCGCUGCAGGAUUCGUCACGGGUCACCACCCUGCAUGAGUCGCGGCUCAUCUCCCACGUCGCGGCGGACCUCGAAUCGCACGGUGUCACUGCGCGGAUUACCGAGUACGAGGCAUCUCACACCUGCCCAAUCGCUGUGCGAGGCGUCGACGGGCUCGACGACCUCUACUUCCACUACGACAUGGGGCCCAUGAGCGAACGAGUCAUCCGCGGGAGCGUGCUUGAUUUCGAUCCUUCCAUCAACAGUCUCACCGAGUUCGCCGAAGCCUACCACCGUGCCCACCCCAACGCCGUCUUCGCCAAGGGGAGCAUAAAGGUUCAUUACUGCGCGUGGCCCAUGCCCAUGCUUGCCGGGCCGCGCUACUCUCGUCUCAACUUUCGUACGCCCGAAGGCCGCCUGUACAGGUGGAAGGCACUGCCGUUCGACAUCCCCUUAGCCUCCCGCGUGUGGCAGGUGUUCGUCAAUCACGAGCUCAACAGCAGACUGCCAUUCGCUCGCCUCCAACAAACGACUUUGCUGAUAUGUGCCGAGAACCGAGAUGACGCCGAGUCCAGUGCCAAGGCGUUGUCUGAGAUUGGUGAGAAGCACGGAUGGUCAUUUUCGAUUCCGCCACCGGCGUCGUGGCUGAGCGACGUAAAGGGGCUGGGUCUCGAGACUUUGUGGGAGGGAGUUCGUGCCGCUCUAUAGCUGAAGGCCUCUUCUCUCGAUCACGGUUGGUCUGGCCAACAACUCGACAGGAGGAGAGGGUUGCCCAUGCGGGCAUGGAUGGGCGAAUAAUUACACUGUCCACUGCGGUCGCCUCCAAGGUGAUUUUUCAGCGGCAGGCAGACACGAGAUCAUGUGGACCUAGGCAUCCAGGGGGCGGUGUUUACAUCCUCUUC